UUGUUUUUUCUUCUUUGAUAAUGUAUUAUGAUCACUUUUGUUUUGUUACAAAACAUACAUGCAUAAAUGUUUUAUUAAUCUGGCCUUUGGCCUUUGGUGAGGCAGCCCUCUGAGACCUGCCCACUUCAUUAUGCUUGCCAUCUUUUAUUUAUGUUGUAUUUUUUUUUUGUAUGAUGUCUUUUGAUUGUUGUAAGCUGCCCAGAGUUGUUGAGAGCCUGGCAGUAUACUAAUGUAAUCAUCCAUUCAUAUUCCAUAUUCAUUAAGCAGGAAAUACUUCAAGUGCAUUGAGCAAACUAUGGUACUAGGAUAUACAAUAAAUAGUAAUAAUCAAUUUUUCUUACAAUUCUAAAUUCAACCCGAAAAUAAAUUUGUAAAUAAAAAAUAAACGAAUCUUUUAUGUACUUCCUUUUUUGGUGGGGGGAGAGGACUUUUGGAGAAAAAGGACGGCGGAGAUUAAAUUAAGAGUAUGGGCACAACUUUGAAACUACGUCAAGGCAGAACCUUCGGGUAAAGCGCUGCUGGAAAUCAUUCCGCCAGGGCUUCUUCAUGCCAUUCAGCCCAUUGGAACAGCAAAAAAACCUGGUAGGAACUUCCGAGAUUCCUACAUUGAAUUGUUAAUCUCUCCUAUCAAGUUUGCUGAUUUAAAAAAAGCAAUUGGUGUCAUUCCAGCUUGACGGUCUCCAAACGGCAGCAACCUCGCCUUGCCGUUUUGCUUCUGCCGCCUGACUCCUAUCCAGAGCAAUUUCGCCAGCCUACCUCUGAGUUAGUGCCUGCAUUUUUCAAAUGCCCAACAUCUAGGCAAUACCUAUAUCCGGAGGUCAAGCUCGCAGCAAACCUUUCUAGAUCUUGCCUAUGGAGGUUCUCAGUCAUCCAGGUCCUGGUUGUCCCAAAGGUGCUUUUUCAAGAGGCAAUUUGGUUUUCCGGUUUUUCUUUAAAGACGUUUCGCUUAUGCAAGAAGCUUCUUCAGCCCUAGAGUUUUCUAGAUCUACUUGCAGUCUACUUGCCUCCGCAGGGGCUACCGUAGCUGCCUUCAGCCAUCCGCUCGCGAGGAUCUCGCGCACUGGCGGCGCCUCCCCCCCAUUGUUGGCCUAACGCUGAUUCUUGACUUGAAAUGAAAAUGAAAAGAAAGGCCGACUCAAGGGCGACAGUGGCUACGACAGUCCCCCGACCCCCACCCCCGCCGCGGCAGGAGCUGGCACUCGAGCCUGGAACGUCCCCCCCCCCCGCCCCGCCAAUCUCCGCGCGCCUGAUUCCAACGCUUCUUCAUCCUCCUGCGCGUUGAGCGCCAUGUCGCGGCCGCUACGCCGCGCUUCGCGGCUUCUCGCGAUUUUGGCGCUGGCGGCGAUGAGAUGGGCCUGGGCAGAUGUCUGUCCUGUUUAUACCUUACCAGAAUUUGAAGGUUCUGAACCAGUAUUUUCCCUCCCAUACCUUAUAUAUUAUAAUCAGGUUUUCUACAAGUGCAAACUAGGAUUUGAACUAGUCAAUGAAAAUGUAACCUUCUUGGUGUGUCGUAAGGGUGCCUGGUUACCAAAAGAAGACUUAUGCAAAAGAAUAUAUUGUGGACAGCCUCCUAAGAUUACUGAUGGAUUUCAUAAUGGAACUGCAACCACUUACCCCUUUGGAACAAAAAUACAUUACCGUUGCAAUAAAAAUCUUUCCCUUAUUGGGGCAUCCUUUAUGGUCUGCGGUAUUAAUAAAAAUCUAACAGGACUGUGGAAAGAGAAACCACCCAUAUGCAAAGGGGUAUUCUGUAACAAUCCAGUGGUAGAACAUGGAAUAAUAAUAAGUGAACCUGAGAAGAAAUAUACAUAUGGAAGCAAAGUUAAAUUUCAGUGCGAAAUUGGGUAUUUCAUGAUUGGAAAUUAUUUGAUUCGAUGUGAAAAGAGCAACAAUUGGGUUCCCAUAGUACCAUCGUGUAAAAAGAUUGCUGCAGGCAUAUGUGGUCCUCCAUCAAUCCUCAAUGGCGACAUAGAGCCUUUGCAACCUCAGUAUGAAACUGGAGUAACAGUUGUCAUAACUUGCAACCGGAAUUAUUCUUUUAUUGAUGACACCAUAAUAAUGACUAUACAGUGUCAAGGUUAUAAUCUCUGGCAUCCUCCUGCACAAUUAUGUUUAUUUAAAACUUCACCAGAUAAUUUUCAUCUUUUCAUCAAUCAUGGAAAAAUAGUCCGUGGGGGGAAAAAAUAUUACGAGCCUGGAGAUGAGGUGGAUAUUGCAUGCCAUGGUGGCUAUGUAUUGAAAGGGCCAUCUAAGAUUAAAUAUAUUGGUGGAAAGAAAUGGCUUCCUAGUGUCCCAACUUGUCAUCUGAGUAACUUCAUCAAACUAGUUAUAUGUGUUUUAGGUCUUUAUGUCUGCUGGUCAGAAUUUAAAAAUUCUUUGGAAAUUUUCAAUCUGGCUUGUUCUGAAUUAAUUUUCAUACUGAUUGUUCAAAUAAUUUAAUUGUCCACAGGGUCUUCAUUACCUUUGUGGAUUUUGGCAGUAACAAUUUUUUACCGGAAAUAUAUAGAAAAGAGGUGAACAAGAGAAAGUCAGAGAAGAAUGAAAAGGAAGGGCAGACACAGCAACCAUAAUAGUGGCUUGGCUGCCUGGGGCAUGAGUAAACUUUGUUCCAACAUGAGAAAACUGAAAGUUGCAUGAGCAAUGACAUAUUCUGCAGUAUGUUUAGUGAGAGUCUCCAAUAACAUCUCUAUGGUGAAAGAGCUCAUCAUCAGCAAGAACUGUCAGAAACGAAAUGGUCAUGUGGGAAAAAUGGAUUAUCUACCUAGAAGCAGUCCAUCUCAUUUCUUUAGUUUAGUGCAUAUAAAUAAAAGGCUCAAAAUCCAGACAAUAUUAUUUACUGAGAACGGAAAGGCAUUGAUUUAUAUUGCCAUUGCAUUGUUGCCAUAAUGAUACUUCUGUUCUUCAGCUUUUAAAAAGCUUUAAAAUCUUCAAAGGUUCUCUGGCUUGUAUUCUGCUGCUUUGGUGGAGUAUUGUGGAUUGUUUUUACAAAAAGAAUGUGGUGAUAUGCUAGUCACCCCCAGACAUUCAAAAUGGGAUCCGCAAUAACCAGGAAACAGCAGUAUUUCCUAGUGGAAUGCUUGUGAAAUAUACAUGCAAUCCUGGCUAUGCUCUGAUUGGAGAGGCAACUAUUAAAUGUAUAGAUGAUGGCAUGUGGUCUUCCAUAGCAUUUUGUAUUUUGGCUCUUCAAAUGUUGAGGAGGCAACUGUGGCAUCCCCCUCAGGUUAGACUUUGCAGAGCUCACUGAUGAGUAUCAGAAAAUGAAUUCCUUUCCUGUUGGGUCGUUGGUACAAUACAAAUGCAACCCAGGCUAAGUUAAGCAUCCUAGAAUGAAUGCCUCUUCUAUAUGUAUCCGGAAUCAGGUUUGGUCAGAAGUUCAAGAAUUUUGUAAAAGUUAGUGUUUUUUCUCCUAUCUUAAAAAUAGGUGGAAAUAUUCUCCAUUUUUUGAAUGUUUGUGAAUGUGUUCGUAUGAUAUAUAGUCAUAAAUUUCAGUUUUGAAUGUUUUAGCAUAAGAAAGAUAUAACUAAUUUUCUUUUUUGGUAGAAAAAUCAUGUGGCCACCCAGGAGAACCAGAAAAUGGUAGACUGAUUGUAUCAGGAGAUUUUCUAUUUGGUUCUACAUUAAAUUAUACUUGUGAGGAAGGGUAAAUAUAGACAAAACUUGUAUGAUUUUCAUUUGUUUUGCAAUUUUCAUCCUGAUUUUUCAGAGGAAUAGAAUUUGAACUGGGAUAAGUUUGCCAAGAAAAUUGUUAUCAUGAUCAACUGAGCAGUCAUAAUUCCCAAUUAGGUAUGUACGUGAGCCUUUUUAUAUGCUGCUGCAUGCACAUGCAUACUACUACCUUUUCUUAUAAUCCUUUGGAAUGUUCUGUCUGUCUGUCUGUCUGUCUGUCUAUCUAUCUAUCAUCUCUAUAUCUAUCUAUCUAUCUAUCUAUCUAUCUAUCUAUCUAUCUAUCUAUCUAUCUAUCUAUCUAUCAUCUAUAAACAUGACAGUACUGUGGUAAUUAGGUGUUCGGCAGAGUGAUGGCACAAGGGAAAAAACUCUCUUUGUGUUUAGUUGUUUUGGCAUGCAGUGUGUCCUGACAGGAGGAGUUGAAACAGUUGUCCAGGAUAUGAGGGGGUCUGCAGAUAUUUUCUCAGUCUCUUUCUGAUCCGUGCAAUAUACAGGUCGUCAAUGAAGGCAGGAAAAUCAUGUGGACAUUCAGAAGAACCAGAGGGUGGCAGAUUGCUUGUAAUAGGAGAUUUUCCCCUUGGCUCCACUGUAAAUUAUCAGUGUGAGGAAGGUGGAUGGCUGCCCGCUCCCACCACUUUCUGAUAGCACCAGAUCAGAAAAAAAAGUGUGAUUCAGAUUAGUGCUAAUGUGAUUCUGGAGUCUGGAAAUGGCUAUGUCAGGCAUGAUUCUUCUCCUAUUCAAGCGCAGCAGAUAGGAUGGGAUGCCCCUGUGCCAGCUUGUACACAGAUUAAGCAUGGUAAAUUGGAAAUUAGGCCUUAAAGAUUUGACAGAGAAUUUAAUUUUAUAUUGUUUGGAGAGCCUCUCAAAAAUACUUUCAAGAACUAGUACAUUUAAUUGUCCCCUUUGCUGAUAGUUUGUUACUCUUGUUUUGCUUCUUUCUUUAGGCUCCUACAAUUUUGCUACCAUAGGUUUUGGUAAGUAAUUUCUAGACGCUCCCAUUGAAUGCAGAAAGGCAUUGUGGACCUUGCAUUCCAUAAACAGUGGAUAAGAUAGGUCAGUGGCUACUAGUCAAAUGUUUUCCCUGUUCUUUAGUUGUCUUUGUCAGAUGAGCAUAUAUAAUACAGAACACUCAUGAUAAUGUAGCAAAAAGAAGAUGAGAAAGGAAAAGGUAUUCUUUUCCAUAUGAUAAUAGCAAAGUUGUCGAGCAACUUGACAUAAGAAAAAGGGGGAAAAAAGAACUUUUCAUUGUGAUUCUAAAUAUUUUGAUUUUUGUAGAAUGGGUUCUACAGUGCAUUACAUAAAUACCUUAGGAUGCAUCCAUUUUCAUUGCAUUUUAAUGUUACAAAAUUUUAUUAAUUUUCUCACUUCAAUUUAAUUUAUAAUAAAAUCAGUUCUUUCUUUAACCUUUCAUUUUAGAGAAAAUCGUAACUAAAUAAAUAUAUUUACUUGGUUUUAAGAGGUUCUGUGAGAAGUAUCCUAUUGCUUUUCCUCAUUUUUGGUGGUGCAAUGUGGAUUGUCCUUUUGCAAAAGAAAAAAAGGACAAGAUAUUAUUCUUAAUUGGCAAUUUCU